UUCGUUUUCUUUAAAAGAUCUAAAUUGGUCUCAAUAUUUGGGUUCCUCCACCUUUUCUUGAUCUGGGUUCCUUCCAGAUCGGACGAAAACCAUGCAAAUACAAGGGAAGAUGCACUGUUUCCAUCAAUUUUGGUUCUGGGUCUUGUUUUCUUUCUUGAUUUUUCAAUCCGGAGAUGGGUUUUACCUUCCGGGUAGUUACCCUCACAAAUACAGUGUUGGCGACCUGUUAUCAGUGAAAGUGAAUUCCCUUACUUCCAUCGAUACUGAGAUGCCCUUCAGCUAUUAUAGUCUCCCAUUCUGCAAGCCUACUGAGGGCGUGAAGGACAGUGCGGAAAACCUCGGUGAGCUUCUCAUGGGGGAUAGGAUCGAGAAUUCGCCUUACAAGUUUCAGAUGUACACCAAUGAGACUGAGACCUUUCUCUGCCAAACCGAUUCCUUAUCUGCUGAUGACUUCAAGCUUUUGACGAAGAGGAUCGAUGAAAUGUAUCAAGUAAAUCUGAUUCUAGACAAUCUUCCUGCUAUUCGGUACACGAAGAAAGAAAGUUAUUUCCUCCGAUGGACUGGUUACCCUGUGGGGAUCAAGGUUCAAGAUGUAUACUAUGUGUUCAACCAUUUGAAAUUCACAGUUCUGAUUCACAAGUAUGAGGAGACCAAUGUGGCUGGGGUUAUGGGGACUGGCGAUGCUGCAGAGGUGAUUCCCACAGUCGACAAGCCUGGAUCAGAUGUGCCCGGUUACAUGGUUGUCGGGUUCGAGGUGGUUCCCUGCAGUUUCCAGCACAAUGCGAACUCAGUGAAUAAGAUGAAGAUGUACGAGAAAUACCCAUCACCUAUUCGAUGUGAUCCCUCGACCGUUGCAAUGGCCGUUAAGCAAGGUCAACCGUUGGUCUUCACCUACGAAGUGUCCUUCGUGGAGAGCGAUAUCAAGUGGCCUUCGAGAUGGGAUGCAUAUCUGAAGAUGGAGGGCUCCAAGGUCCACUGGUUCUCGAUUCUCAAUUCUCUAACGGUGAUCACUUUCCUUGCUGGUAUUGUGCUCGUGAUCUUCUUGAGGACUAUUCGAAGAGACCUCGCUCGCUAUGAGGAGCUCGACAAGGAAGCUCAGGCCCAGAUGAACGAGGAAUUAUCUGGGUGGAAGCUUGUUGUGGGAGAUGUCUUCAGGGCUCCAGACCAUAAGGCACUUCUCUGUAUAAUGGUUGGAGAUGGGAUUCAGAUUCUUGGAAUGGCAGUUGUGACAAUCUUAUUUGCUGCCCUGGGAUUCAUGUCUCCAGCUUCUCGUGGCACUCUUAUUACGGGUAUGCUGUUCUUCUAUCUGAUCCUUGGAAUUGCAGCUGGCUAUGCUUCUGUGCGCCUUUGGAAGACGAUUGGAUGUGGUGAUUACAGGGGUUGGGUUUCAAUCUCAUGGAAGGCUGCCUGCUUCUUCCCUGGUAUUGCCUUUCUGAUAUUAUCCACUUUGAAUUUCCUUUUGUGGGGUAGCCACAGUACUGGAGCCAUUCCCUUUUCACUGUUUGUUAUUCUGAUUUUGCUUUGGUUCUGCAUAUCUGUGCCUCUUACUCUUGUUGGUGGGUACCUUGGAGCUAAGGCACCUCACAUUGACUAUCCAGUUAGGACCAAUCAGAUCCCCCGUGAAAUCCCAGCUCAGAAAUACCCAUCUUGGUUGUUGGUUCUUGGAGCAGGGACUCUUCCUUUUGGAACACUCUUCAUUGAGCUUUUCUUCAUAAUGUCCAGCAUUUGGAUGGGCCGUGUUUACUACGUUUUUGGAUUUUUGUUCAUUGUUAUGAUACUCCUUGUGGUAGUCUGUGCUGAAGUGUCCCUAGUCCUCACAUACAUGCACCUUUGUGUGGAGGAUUGGAGGUGGUGGUGGAAAUCCUUCUUUGCUUCGGGUUCUGUUGCCAUCUACAUUUUCUUGUACUCCAUUAAUUAUCUCAUAUUCGAUCUUAAAAGUCUGAGCGGCCCUGUCUCAGCUACCCUUUACCUUGGUUACUCACUCUUCAUGGUUGUAGCGAUUAUGUUCGCCACAGGCACAGUUGGAUUUCUUUCUUCCUUCUGGUUUGUGCAUUACCUGUUCUCUUCAGUGAAACUAGAUUGAGCUUCCCCCACUCCAAGAGAUGUUUCUCCCAAAACAUUUUCCGCAACACACUGAAAAAUUGAAGACCACAACUCGCGUAUGCCUUGAAGUUCUUUUCCACCUGUCCUGGGUUCAUUUUGUUCGUAAACUUGGUAAAGGUAAUAAUAACCUCAUCCAGUUUUGAUUAAUUCUCGAGUAGGUAAUUGCUACAUAGACCGUUCUUUUCUUGCAUCUUGAGAGAUAGACAGUAAGAGUUGGUAGUAGUUGUGGGUAUCAAUUUUUUUCUCUGUAAUUGGUUAAUUGAGGAGAACGGUUUAUGUACUGUAUGAAUCAUAAUCCAGAGAUUCAUGAUUUUGUUGUUUCCAAUUCAGAAUUGUCUAAAUAUUUUAUUUGAGCAGUUUCUUUUCUU